AUGGGCAACAAGCAGUCUUACGACGUCCAGCAGUCCAAGAAAAACCCCAACCCCGCGGCGUCGCCAAGUGGGAAAGUGCACCGGGUGCAUGAUGCCACCCACACUGACGUAAUCUCCAUCCAAAACGAAAAUUCCCCUUCCUCGCCGGCAAGAAGUUCGAUCACGAGCUCGAUCCAUAUUUCCGAAGUAGCCGUCGAUGUCGUGCCGCAGCCUAGUUUAGCAAGCCUGGCCGAAUCUCCGGACCCCCAAGCGAAGUCAGUCUUUACAACCGAAGCCGAAUACGAGGUCCAGGCCCGCGUUGAGCUGGUCACUGAUGAUAAGCCGAUCGCUGAGAUUCCAGUUGCGAAGCUUUUCCGCGUCAAACCCCUGCCAGAGUGUGACCUCGAGAAGGAGCCAACGGAGAGUUGCUAUGCU